AUGGCGGUAACGGUAAAAGGUGAAACUAUACCUGGAUUAACAGAGGAUGAGUUAUGGAAAGCAAAACAUAUAUAUGAUUCUGCAUUUCAUCCUGAUACAGGAGAAAAAAUGAUUCUUAUUGGUCGUAUGUCUGCUCAAGUUCCAAUGAAUAUGUCAAUAACUGGAUGUAUGUUAGCAUUUUAUAAAACAACUCCUCAAGUUGUAUUUUGGCAGUGGAUAAAUCAGUCGUUUAAUGCUAUUGUAAAUUAUACUAAUCGCAGCGGUGACUCUCCCAUUCCUGUGUCACAACUUGGUGUGUCAUAUGUUCUUGCUACUACAGGUGCUUUGGUCACUGCUCUUGGUUUAAAUAGUUUAGUGAAGACAGCUCCACCUUUAAUUGGAAGAUUUGUUCCUUUUUGUGCUGUUGCUGCUGCUAACUGUGUUAACAUUCCAAUGAUGAGAUUACGAGAAAUUCGUAUGGGUAUUCCAGUAGUAGAUCAAAAUGGAAAUCGAUUAGGGGAAAGCAAAGUUGCUGCAAAAUGGGCUAUCACUCAAGUUGUAUUCUCUAGAAUUGGAAUGGCUAUGCCUGGAAUGCUUAUUCCACCAUUCAUAAUGAAUGCAUUAGAGAGAAGAGGUGUUCUGAAGAAAUUUCCCUGGAUUAAUGCUCCACUUCAAGUUGGCUUAUGUGGAUUCUUUCUUGUUUUUGCCACACCUUUAUGCUGUGCACUUUUUCCUCAAAGAAGUUCUAUAUCUGUGACUAGUCUAGAACCAGAGAUACAAGAAGUAGUCAAGAAGCUUCCUCAACCGCCUACAGUGGCUUAUUAUAAUAAAGGUCUAUGAUACAAUAACAUCAUAAAUAAUAGCAAACUUGAUAAUGAAUUGAUGUCAAAUGUAAUGUAUGUCAAUUUUUAGAUAUAUACAUUAUGUUUUAGAUUUUAUAUGAUGCACGUCGGAUUUAUAAAGCACCCAUCCAUUGAUAUGUAAUUUACUUCCUUCAAUAUUUGCUCAGGAUGUUAUUUUAUGACAUAAGUUGUUGUUGUCAAUAAUAUUUUCGUAUUAUAAUAUUCAUUACAUGUAAAUUUUAUUAAGCAUAAAUAAUCAAAAAAUGUGUUUUGUUAACGUUAAGGAUUAAUAUCAGUUUAUGAUAUUAAUUACAAUUUAUUUUUUAAAUAUUCAUGUUACAAAUUUAACAUUGUACAUUUUUUUAACAUUUAUAAAAUGUUUACUUUAAAAACUUUAAACUAAGAAAUUAACUGAAUUUUUUCUUUCACUUGCCAUUUGAUACAUGUGUAUACAAUAAAUACUGUUUUGCAGUGAAUUAAAAAAUUUAUUAGAAUAUCAUCAAAAUAUAAAGUUAGAAUAAUGUACGAAAUGAUUUAUUUUUGUAAUUUUAUUAGGGAACACAAUUAUAUACAAAUAAAUAUAUAUACAUAUGAAAUAUUGUAUAAUGUUUAAAGUUACUGUAUAUCUAGUUUGUUCAUAUAUAGUAAAUAGCAAUGUGUUAGAAGUCAAAACUGUUGUAUAAGGUUCAAGUUUUCUAUAUUUUCAAAAAUUAAAAAUUUAUUGCAAUUUA